AUGGCGGGUGGGUAUCCGGGAGGAGGCAAUGCCCAGGAGGUCGCGGAGCUGCAACGGAAGCGGGCGCAGCUGCGAGAGGAGUUGGCGCAGGUCGAGGCUCUGAUCGCCCAAGAAGAGGCGGCGCUGUCGGGAGAGAAGAGACUCCACCAUCGACCCAGCUACUCAUUGCUGAAAGGCGGCGAGGAAGACGAGGCGCCUUCGACGCUGGUGCGACAAGUGAGUCCCCAGGACUUCGAGGAGGUUAUCAGUAACUUCCCGCCGUUGGACAUCCAGCCCAUUGGCGCCUUCAACCACUGGGACCGGCGGGAGUGUGCCGUCCAGAAUAAGGAUGCUUGGAAAGAAGUCUGCGCCAAGUACCAGAAGGAGACCUUGAAGGGCCAGGCGCAAAUCCCCAAGGUGAUCCAUCAGAUUUGGAUCGGCCCCAAGGAACCUCCGUGCUUGUGGAUCGACACCUUCCGUGUGGAGUACCUGGCGGCUAACCCGGGAUGGGGAUUUCACCUCUGGAGCGACGAAGAGGUCGCACAGCUGCCCAUGAUCAACCAGGAGAUCUACACCAAGGAGAAGAUGUGGCAAUGCAAGGCGGACAUCUUGCGGCUGGAAUUCCUCUGGCAUCACGGAGGUCUCUACGUGGACGCAGACAUGAUCUCCGUGGAACAGAAGUCGCUGGACAAGAUCCUGGAGCUCGGCAAAGAGACCGGCUGGGUGAUCGCCUACGAGCCCGACACCAAGGACAAGCCAUACUCCAUCCUGGGGAACUCCGUGAUUGCGUGCACCCCGCAUCAUCCACUGACCUUGAUGCUGAUCCUCUACUUGAAGCAGACCUUCGACCACAAGCGGCACCACAUUGACGUCUUCGCGGUGACGGGGCCGGUGAUGUACACGAAGUGUCUGGUGGACAGUGGAAUGCCCAUCAGCCUCGCUCCACAGGAGUGGCUCUACCCAGCCUUCCACUACGUGCCCAACCCGGACGCCAUCAACUUCGCCGCCUUCCCCAAGUGCUUGAUGUUCCAAUUCGGCUACACUUGCUCUGGGCUGGAAGGCUACGUGAAGUCCAAGAAUCGUUGCAAGAAGGCGCGACAGUGUCCCUUCCACUCCAAGAAGGUCUGGCCCCUGGGCGCCUUCCGCCCGCUGCCCACGGUAGAGGACUUGGAAGCGAAGUUCACGAGCCCGCCCGACGUGCCGAAGGUGAUUCACCAGGUGGUCCUGGGUGGUGUGGAUUCGGAUUUCGACCCUCGGCGCUGGCGACAGAGCUGGUGGGACGACUUCUGCAAGAGCCAUCCGGGCUUUGAGUACAGGACCUGGUCGAAGGAGCAGCUCCUGGGCCGCAAGUGGUUCUGUGCCAACUUGUACGUGGAGCCCUUUGAUGAUCACGCCAUCACCUCCUUGAUGAUGGAGAUCCUCUUCGAGGAGGGUGGCUUCUAUGUCCCUCUCUCUACCCUGCACCAGCCGGGCUAUGGAGAGGACGCCUUCUUCACCGAAGGCUUCGAGGGUAGCUUCGUGGAGGGCAACGGAGGAGUCCUCGGUGCAGCCAAAGGCUCUCCGGAGCUCUUCCAGAAGCUCAUGGAGCUCUACGACAAGGGCACCGUGGGCCCUAUGGAGCCCCCGGGACCCGAGGGCCCUCGCGUCCUUCAAAUGGGCUUCCGAGAUGGCAUGGUGCUGAAGGGUCGAUUUCCCAAUCGCAGCCGUUACCUGGGUGCACAGCAGGUGGUGGCUUUUACGCCUGGCGAUCAACGGCUGGAACAUGCCAGCUUGAGCUUCUCCUACGAGUGCCAGGUGCCCUGCUUCUCAUGCAAGGGCAUUGAGGCGAUGCAGGCGGCAGUCAGUGAGAUGGGUAUUUCGUCGAAGGCGCUCUUCCUGACGGACCGGGAGUUCUUUCAGAUGACCCGCCUGCGCGAGGAGCUGCCAGGGCAUUUGGACCAGCUCGGUGUUCAGGGUUGGGAUGUGGUGCUCCUGGGCAUCGAGUGGAACACCGGAGAAGAGGAGGUAGCGAUCUUUCCUGUCUCCCCAGGCGGCCGCCCCCGGAACUCGCGCGUGGCCGGCUUCGUGGCGAACCUGGCGGCGCCCACGAACGGCGCCGCGCUGCGCCGCGCCUUGCAGCGGGGCGUCACCGAGGACGGUUUCGAUCCGGCGCCGCUCUUCGAUGCCGCCGGGGAGUUGAAGCUCCACUUUGUGGCUGAGAAGUACGCAGGCAGCAUGGAGGAGGCCCGGAUCUUCCGGUCGAUGCCCUUGGUGCAUCGGGCGUUCAAGCAGCUGGCGGACCAUGAGCCUCCCAUGCAUUUUGAGCGCCAUGAACUCCACGGGAACUUGAUGAAGGGAUACCACUCUGAUAGCCUCCGGUUUGAGAUGAUCCUGGAACCGAACGGUGGGAUCAUGUUCCGCAGCUGGAACGAGGACAACUCCACCAAUUCGGAGGUGAAGAUGAGCGAUUGCAACGUGGAGUGGAUGAAAGUCUACUUCAAUCAUCAGGCCCUACGACGUCACGAAGCGGAAGCGGAAGAAGUGGAAGGGGGGUGGGCCGAUCCGGUACUCAACCUGGAAACAGAGCGCAGCGCAGCAGCGCAUGAAACGCUUUUGUUGGACCUCGGUCCGCGGGAGGCGUUCUCGGGGCACGACCGGUCUGCAGACGACCCCGACCGGACCGGUCCCGGCCCUUCGUCCGCUGCGUCUCCCGUGGUCUUCAUUGUGUGCGGCGCUGCUGCUGUUGUACAAAGUCAGAACUGGUUGGAGUGGAGCGAAGAUUGGGGAGGUCGGAGUGGACUGGGAGAGGGAGAGGUGCCCUAUGAGCCCUCUGGGGGCUUGAAGUGGUAUUGGUUCCACUUGUCGGCGCAGGUGGCUUUCGCGAUCCGUGAGCUCAUUGUGACGUCUUCCCUGAAAGGAUGGCGAUGGGAGCUCAUUUUCGUGAACGCUGCCUAUUGGCUGACCCUCGCGAUUACCAUCAGAGAGGUCUGGUGUUUUUCUUCGGUGCGGCAAGGGAAGGAAGCGCAGAAAGUGGCGGUCGAUGGGCUCCUGGACAUGCUGCUUCUUCCGGUGAACAUCAUCUUUUUCUGCGACGUGUGCGUUCGUGCCCUGAUGCUGGAGCCCGACUCCCAAUUGGCACAGAUGGUGCCCGUGAUCAUCGAGAGUGGGGACAUCUAUGAAGCUUUUGCCUUGUGGUCAGUCCUGAAACUCUUCGUGCAGGUGGUGGAGGCGGAAAUGGCCUCCGAUCGCAGCUCCAUCAGGUCCUUCAAGGCAUUCAAAGCGAUCAGCCUGCAAGGUGUGAAGGCGUGGGUUUGGAUUCAAACCGCCGCCGUCGUGUUGAAAUUGACUCUGCGCGGAGUGGUGGCGGUUUAUGUGCCAACCUUCUGCUACUGGGCGUCCAAAAGUUGCAUGAGCUGUGAGACCUGGUACGAGGAGAACGUUGCAACCGCCUUGACCGCUGUGACCUUCUUGCUGUGCUCCUUCGCCAUCAUGUUUGUCUUCUACUUUGAGUCUGGCUAUCGCCACCAGCUGGAGAAGACUGAGCCAAUGUGGAAGUUCCUGGGCGUCAAAGGGAUCGUCUCGGUAACAUACUUCCAGUGGUUGGUGAUCGAAGCCUUGGCUUCUUUCUGGCACUGGGAUGAGUCCCGGAUGUACCUGGUGCACUGCCUCUUGUACGCGUGUUGGAUGCCCUUGCUGGCGAUGGUCCACACCUUCCUAGCGUAUCCCUUCUAUCGGUUUCGAAACCGAGAGCCGGCACUUUGGCUGGUGGGAUGGCUGGAGACCCUUCGGGUCUCCGAAGCGGUCGAGGCCUCGCAGGCCGAGCCGGAGGCCUCGCAGGGCGAGCUGGAGGAGUCCUCCUCUGUGGGCGAAGCAGGUGCCGAUCCGAGACAGGUGGACCCAGUCGCCGAGAACGGCCUGGCGGACGCGAAUGUGGAAGCGCCCAGCCCUGUGACCGACACUCGCGAGGAUGAGACGGGGCAUUUGAGCCGAACGGAAGGGCUGCUGUCUGAUGGCCGCGCCAUGGCGCGCUCGCGAGGAGCUCGCUUUUUGGAGCGCUGGCAGCUGAAUCAAGCCUUCUCUACCUGGCGAACUCUGUUCCAUCUGCUCUUGGGGCUCUUGGCCUGCUUUGUGAGUUGCAAGUGCCUUUUGACCUUGAUCCCCGCGGAGAAGAUCGAAUUGGAGGAACCACUUCGGAACAUCUCCUGUUCAGGUCAGGGCGAUCUGGCGCAUUUCCUGGAGACGCGCGAGGAUCUCCACUUCGCGCUGCUGAACGACACCUUGGGUCGCUGGAGUAGCCCUGGUGUGGCCGGAGCUUGGUUGCCACUCUGCUCCUCCACGCUGCUGGGCUGUGCACCGGGGCAUUUCGCCCUCGAGGGCGCGGAGCCCUCGCUGAGCUGCAGCGCCAAAGGCGCCUACGUUUGGCAAGGCUCCUGCAGUGCGAUCAGCUGCGGAGCCCCUCCGCGCCUGCCGCACGCCACGCCGCGGAUGAGCGACAUUAAGCGGCAGAACUGGACCUAUGGCGUGACGGUGCACUACGACUGCGACAAACCUGGCUACUGGGGCAGCUUGUCUGCUCACUGCAAUGUCACAGGGACUUGGCUGGUGGAAGGUGCCUGCGUGGAAGUCACCUGCAACGCCCCGCCCAGCGUGCCACACGCGCAGCCUUUGUGGGAUCCGGAGCGGGGCAACGUGAGCACAGGGAUGGUGAUUCGCUAUCAGUGCGAUGAGAUGUACAACGGCACACCGACGGCCAGUUGCGGAGACGACGGCAUGUACAUGAUUUCAGGCCGCUGCCGCCGCGAGUGCGGCGCGCCGCCCCGCGUGCUGCACGCCGCGCCGAGGUUCAACAACACGGAGGCGAAGAGCGGCUGGUUCGUGGGCAUGCGCUGCCCUUAUGUCUGCGACCCAGGCUACCAGGGCUAUGUGACCGCACUCUGCGAGGAGGGUGGGAAUUACAGCGUCUCAGGGCAUUGUGCUCCGGUGCUAUGCGGCACUCCACCCAAGCUGCCACAGGCGACGGCACGGAUGGAGGAUGUGACCAAGCAGAACUUCAGCUUUGGGUCGUUGGUCCAUUACGAUUGCAAGGCGCCGAGGUUCCACGGCCAGCUGCUGGCGACGUGCCUCUCGACCAGUCGCUGGGAGGUGAAUGGCACCUGCGUGGAGGUGCACUGCUCAGCGCCACCCGCCGUGGACCAUGCGAGCCCGUUGGGAGAUCAGGAGAACGUGACGGCCGGCACGGUGAUCCGCUACCAGUGCGAGGAAGGCUACAAUGGCACGGUGAGCGCCAUGUGUGGCUACGAUAGCCAGUACAUCCUGCUGGGGCGCUGCCGCCGCGAGUGCUCGGACCAGCUCCCGGCGGUGCCACACGCGGCGCCAGCGUCCAGUGCAGGAAGUGCGGCACCUGCAGUGGGCUGGUUGGCAGGCAUGAACGUGCCCUACAGCUGCCUUCACGGCUACGACGGCGCUGUCUCGGCGAUCUGUGGCAGCGACGGGAACUACAGCAUCGUCGGACAGUGCCAAGUGGCUUCGUCGGUGGAAGCCAGGAGCCUCCGGAGCAAGUUGACAGGUGUCUCCACCGCCAUGGGCCUGGAGAAUGGCUUGCUCUUCUUGGGCCUGGGGGUGUUGGCAUACCAACGGUAUCGUCGAGUGGCCACACCCGUGGUGGCCACCAACGAGAUGGAGGGAAUGUCAGCGCCCAUGACCGACGCUUGA